AUGUCGCCAUCGAGCUCGGUCGCUUCUACUGACACCACCUCUUCUAUCGAAAUUGGACAAAGACGCACUGGUCUCACACCGAGCGGGUCGCGUGGAACUACACCUUACAGCUAUGUGAACACCAGAGAUUAUCUUCACCAACCUAAGCCACAACAACCACCGCUACUAUCUCGCCACUACGCGACACUGCAAGAACAUGCUGACUCUAUCAUCCGAGCGGAGCAUGCUGAUAACGAUGCUGUCACCCCUCGCCAUGAAGGUAGACGUGGAAGCUUCGCCUGGGGUCUGCGAUCAGCCUACGAGGACGAAGGACCGAAGCACAGUCGCAACCCCAUGAUGCCACAACGGACGGACAAUACAACACCGCCGACUAUGGAGGAACUCGUAUGCAGGAACGCAGCCGACGAUGACUCUUCCAGUAUCCACAAAUCCGGUCUUGUUCAGAGCGAUGCCAUCUUCUGUCGUCCGUCUACUACGCGCUCGUCCGCUUCCGGCACUGACAUCAACGCUUUAACCCGGACAGAUACUGGGGGAUCCAUAGGUGGGCUUGCAAGGAGCAUGACGAAGAAGAUCCCAGAUAUCAGGGCGCACCGUCCUUUGGUGGAAAAGACCCCAGAGAGAACGAUAUUCCAGCACAAGGAGCAAUUAGAAGACGCACCGUUAGCUGAAAGUGACAGGAAGACCCGCAAACUAUCCUUCCAACUCCCAUCCGGUCUGAAGAUGAAUGGUCCUCUCGAGGUACCGCAGAAACCUUCUCCGGUCAUUGAAGAGUCACCAGUGUGUGAGUCUCCUGACAAAGCUACCUCGCCAGAUUCACCACCAAAAUGCGGCGGAUUAGCAGCUCGAAGACAGGUCAAGAUGGAUCUUACACUUCCUAUCGGUCUACCUGAUCUGUCUAAUUGCAACGAUCGCAGGGGUACACAUCCCGGUCUUUUGAGCAGCAUCACUCCGUCGCGUCCUCGAAGCCCCAAAACACCGUGGAUCCGCGAGACAGAGCUCAAUUGGGGUCGAGACACCAAAUCCAAAUCCGCCAAGACCGCACCGAUCGUCGAAGAGGACCAAGCAUCUGUCAGCGCCAUGGAAAUGAUGCUUCUCAACGAUGCAGGUGUCGAGCUUGGGAUCGAAUCGGCGCUGCCUCCAGUCACAUAUCCAGAAUUCGUACGGCCACCUCAGAAAGUUCGCGAUCGUUGCUACAUCAGUCGUCCAACUACCAAGCGCAAGAAAAGCGUAGGACCCAGUACGAGCGAAUCUGACUUUGGAAGCACACCAGACGGCCACUGGACACCUGAGAUCAUGGAAGGCAUGACUGAACAAGAAGCACAGGCGCAGACUGAGCUCGUUCAAUUAGCAAAGGCGGCAAAGACUGCGCGAUCCCGUCGUUGGCCUUGGAAUAAAUCGAAGGCGUCUGGUUCUGAUGAGCAGACGCAGACGCUAGACGAGCGUAGCAACAGCCGCAAAAGCACCUCUGUUAACAUCUUUAAGCGUUCGAACCGCUUCCCAGAGUUUACAGAAAAGGACAAGAAAGAGAAGAAACCAUCCAAGGUUAUGAACACGCCCUGGCGACGAGAGAAAGUUGUGAACAAGCCGCCUCUCCCAUCAGCAUCUCUCGCCAACAUGGCUGUACCGCCAACCUUCGUACCUCCAGGUUGUGAGAAGAUACCUACGCCACCGAUGUUCGACUCCGCCGGUGAAGUCAAAGGCAAACUCGCAGACUUCUUCUUCGAGUCAGGAGGCUUUCCAACGACCAGGCGAAAGCCAAAAGCUAGUCCAGGCGGCUAUUGGGACUCUAAUGCGGUCCUGAUGAGCAUGCAAACAGAUCUCGGCCUCACUAACGAUGAGGACGACGAAGAGGGACCCGAGGGUCGUCCACCGGCUGCUUUUCACUUCGGCCCUGUCAACGAUACGCCCAGCCACAUGACCUCUCCAGGGCUCUACACGGGUCCGGAUGGCUACCUAACAGUCAAGGCAACUGGCGCUGGACAACUCACUCCAGGUGCACAAGACUCCUGGUUCCGCAUGCACUUUGGCCACCACACGCCCGACGAGGAAUCACUCACAACCGCUUCGCUCAAGGAAGCAGACGAAAGGAGGAAGUUCGAAUGGCUCAUCCCCGAACAUCUUCCGAACAGCCCGCUUUGUCCGCUGCAUGUCAAGUAUGUAGGUCCGAGUAAAGGUCUCUGCUACUGGCAUGGACGGAAGAGCAAUGGCUGGGGAGUCGAGCCGGGGAGGGAUUAUGUCAGUCAUCCUGUAAGGGUGGGUAAUGGGAGCAGGGCUGGGUGGGAUACGGGGAAAGCGGAGGGCCCGAAGGAUGAGACGAAGAGUAGGAGGAGGAGGAGGAGGAGGUUGGAAAGUCUGAUUAAUCCUUGA